AUGAAGAGUGAAUGCGUAUUUGUCAAGUCAAAAAGAGUACGUUUGGUUAAUACAAGUCCCCGACUACUAUCUCCACCUACGAAACAUGUUUUUCGGUUUCGAUUUCGUCCUUGCCCACCUACAAAACAUGCGUUGCACGUUUUUUCGGCUUCGACCAGUCAUCCACCUACGAAACACGUAUUGCACGUGUUUUUUCGGCUUCUCCUGGAACCGCCCAGAUCCACCUACCGAAACAUACGAAACGUUUCUCGGCUUCACAACACCUACGAAACACAAAAAAAUGUUUCGAGGCCUAUCCCACCUACCAAAACACAAGGAGUGUUUCUCGGCUUCGCGGAUAGGAACUUGUAUUAUUGCCAAAGUACUAGAUUAUCAAAGUGGCUCAAAAGGAAUCUCAAGGAUAAUGUUAAAGAAACACUAGAAGCAACGAUCGAACAUCUGAUUAAGUUAAAACCUCCCAAAUGUAAUAGUAAGGCGUUGAAGUCUUCAUUACGAGAUCUGAUGAAAAAUGAUGAAGCGAUACGUAAAGAAUGCGAAGCACUAAACAUGUGGCUUACCGCUGAUGUUCCUGAGAAAGUGGAAAAUAAGAGAUUAAAGGUUGUUGAUAAAGAUAAUCGAGCUGUUUUCAAGAAAGAAAGUGGAAGUCCUACAAAUAAUAAAGAAUCGCAGAAAAGUGAAGAAGUACAAGCAGUUCCUACAAAUAAUAAAGAAUCGCAGGAAAGUGACGAAGAACAAGCAGUUUCUACAAAUGAUAAAGAAUCACAGGAAAUAGAUAUACGAAGUUGGCGGGAAGUAAACAAAGAAGAGGGGGAAAUUUUAAUUUAUCCAUCAUUUUCACGAAUUCCGCAAAGUACUCAUUCUCGCCAGCUAAGCAAGGUUCGUAUGUUGAACCAACAUUAG